AUGAUUGGCUAUCUGAGAAAAGAAAACCUAAUUGAGCCUGGAUGUAUGUAUUUUUAAAAAAAUUAAGCUGAAAAGGUGAUAGUUGCAGGGAAGAUAGAGAGAAAGAUUUUUGAGAAUAUUGAAAUGGAGCCUUUCGAAAAAGAAUAGCUGAAAAAUUUAAAGUAAGCCUUGAUUAACCAUCCACCCUUGAGAUUACCAAAAGAAUGGUAAGAUAGUGACUACCAAAGAAUCUUGGCCUAUUGUGAUCAUGAUAUAGCAAAUACGAUUCAAGUACUAUAUUUAGAUAAUAUCAAUAAGGUCUUAAGGCAACAUCUAAAUUGGAGAAAUAAGAUUAAUUUAGAAAUUCCUCCAGAAGCUAUUUUAUUAAAUGGGGCGAUUUACAUACAUGGCCACGACAAACGUUUUCGACCAGUAAUCAUAAUUAACACACUAAAAGCUCUUAAAUACAAACUAUAAGAAUUUAGGGAGGGUUUUGAUUAUUUAUUCACAAUGCUAAUUAGAGAUGUUUUGAUAUCUUAUUAUGUUGAAUCAACAAUAAUUUUAGUAGAUAUGAGCAAUUUAGAUUAAUCAUCACUCCCAAUUACAAAUGAAGUGAUCAAUUUUGUGAAAAACUGCGAAUACAAUUUUUACGGAAGAAUACAUAAAAUAUAUAUAAUCGAAGACUUUUAGAAUUGGCAAUGCAAUCAAUUACUUUAAAUCUUAAAACCUGAAUCAUAAGACAAAGUAGUUUUUCUUUAAAAAAAGAAUCUUUCGCAAUUAACUAAUUAAAUUGAAGAAAAUUAAUUAGAAUCUAAAUAUUUAGGCUUAUAACCAGACAUUUAAACUAAUUUUUGGUAAAUAGAUUAAAAUUUAAUUAGGCCACCCAAAGAUCUUUCACCAAAUAAAACAGAAAAAAAGGAUAAAAAAGAAGAAGCAAAGACUGUUAUGAGUUACACCGAUGAAUUUAUAUCCAAAUCCCAAUUUAUCAUACAAAGAAGUCGUCCAGAAAGUAGUCAAAAUAGUCAACUUUUUCUUUAAGUCUAUAAUGAAGAAUAAGAGGUUGUUUUAUCAGAAAGUCACUUAAUAGAGCUUGCUGAUUCAAUCAACAACAUAUUAGAAUAUUUUCCUGAUUCCCAGUUUUAAUCCUCUCAACAUAAUUAUAAAGGGAUAGAUUCUGCUCCAUUAUAAUCAACGACAAUAAAGCCUAGGGAUUUGUAAAAGUAGGAAUCAGAAAUUUGGAGUGGCUCAGAAGUUUAGAUGAGUUCUAAUCUAGUUUUAUAAAAUCAAAAACGAGAUCCUUGUUGUCAAAACUCUUCCAUCUGUUAAUUAAUCUGA